AGAUAAAGUUAAAGUGUUGAAGUUUAUAUCAGUACCAGCAUAGAUAAAUGAAGAUAUAGACAACGAAAAGUUUGUUUUGUCUUUUUAUCCAGGUGGCACUUAUCAUGUUUUGGAUACUCAACAUGCUGAUUUACGCGUUCAACCCACUCGACUUCGAAAACGCAUUUUAUCGUUUAUCAAGAAUUAUCAAGUGAAAUUUCCAAAUGUUUCGAUGUCAUCAUGUACUUUUCACAUGUCUUUAAUUAUGGAACAAUUUUCAACUGUUUUUGUUAUUUUUAACGUUUUAGAAUUGAGUGACUUCAAUAUUCUCACUCAAACCCCUGAAACGACAUAGACGACAUCUGCAGAUCCGAUAUUUUCGAAGAUAAACGGAUGCCAAAAUGGACAUCGUGCCAACUUUGCCACUACUAGAUCGGCCCUGCUUAGUUAUUAUCGAACAGCCUGACAAAUUUCAGAAGUUCAUUUAUAGGAGCCAGUCUAACGAUAGCACCUCACUGCGAUGCAAAUUCAUGUUAAGUACUCAACCACCGCAGGAAGUUUACAUAUUGUGCGAUGCGUAUACGGAAGACAACAAAUUGUCAUCACAUUUCCUUGUCCCCCGAAGCUUUGAUCCUGAUAAUUUUCCACCAAUUCAUAUACUUCAAAUCCCAUCGAGCGAUGCAAAUUCAUUAACAGGCGUUCUUUUGGAGAACGUGCACAUUUUUCGUAGACCGCGCAAGAAGUUGGAACUGAGCUUAACAGCAAAACUCCAAUUCAAACGUUUGUGGAAAACACGCCGGGAGAUAUUGACCGACGACGAGAAAGAGAAACUGCGUGGCUCAGUUCCUUCUGACCCUAGUGGCUCCAAUCAAUCAUUCGGAAAGGUGUACAUUGGAUUUACCGCUUACACUUACAACAAUAACAGCAACCGGAUGGAAAGAUAUACCGAUACCUACUUUUCCGCUUCAAUUUACGACUCAGAUAACAUCAACGUCUUGGAGCCAUAUAAUGGUUAUGUUGAAGGCGGAUCGGAACACAUAUUGGUGAUACGAGAGAGGUGUAUCCAUGAUCACCGAUUUGACAUUGAGUUUCAAGGUGAUUGUGGCUGGCGUGCUUUUGCCACGGAAGUCAGAGUUGAUGGGAGUCGCAUAUCGUUUAAAAUACCACCUUACAACGGCUAUUGGAGAGACGGCGACGAUUCAGUUUUAGUUCAUAUCCAACUACAUUGCUGCAAAACGUGUAAAGCGCGGAAGCGAUUCAAGUUUUUGUAUGAGCAAAGUAAAGAAUAUUCUCAUCUACUCAAUUAAUAUGAAUUCAACAUCGUUAUGGAGAACGGUAGUAUUGGUUCCACCCUCCUUUUUUCAUACAAUUUUGUACAAGUUUUAAUUAUUACUAUUUUAAUUUCAUAAAUAAAUGUUAAUUUUUUCGUAA